AUGUUCUACGCAGGUCAGGAUGCAGAGCUGGCAAGCACCGUUGCUGGACUCAUGUUUUCAGGCAACUUUUCUGCCGAUUUUGCUGAAAACAAAUUUGCGGAGAUGGCCAGAGAUCAGGGCGUGUUCCGUGGGGAGAUGCUGACACGUCAGGGGUUCGUCUUUGGGACCAACGAGUCUCCUGAGCAGCACCACCAAAUCGAUCGUGCGUUCUCAAUCCACAGGGGCGCCACACUCUACACCCUCAAUCAGAAGUGCGGGGUGGCUGCAAGCUUCUCGGACAUCGACGCCGAUGUGAAAAGCGAGCUGUCAUCCUUCGAGAACCUGGAUUCUUGGGCAGUUGGGAAUGCGGUCGUGGACGCGUGCGUUAACAUCCAACCUGUGUUGAGCACAGCGGAUCGCAUCAACAGGCAUUUCUUCUGCAGUUUUGAAGAUGCGAAGUGCAAUGCAUCGCUGGAGUUUGAAGAGGGGCUUGGCAGGAGGCUACUUGACUACUACGACAGAGUGGCAGAGUACAUAGACGCCUGGGACUUCAAGGGCUCUGACAACGUAUCGAAACUCGACGUGGACAUUUGGCACAAGGAUACGGAUACACUCUCAGGAAACUUUGACGAUCCAAACAUCCGCCGAGUCAACCUGCCACUCAACUUGGCAGCAGAUUCGUGGCUAAAGGCAGCAUUGGAUGGUACCUAUUCAUCCCGCUUGCUGGCUCUCGUGGAGUUCCCCUCGGACGAGACAACAGAGACGCCGGAUUUCACCUCGGCUAUAUCUAUCCUUUUGUUCACUUGGGUAAUUCAACUCCUCUUGCCGGUCAUGCUUGUUCAACUGGUGCAUGAAAAAUCUCAGCGGCUCCGCGUCAUGAUGAAGAUGCACGGACUUGGCGACGGAGCAUACUGGAUAGUGAGCUACACAUACUACCUGAUUCUGUACACUGCGUACAUUGCCGUGUUCGUGGGCCUCGGAUCUUUGGCAAACCUUCCCAUUUUCCGCCUCAACGAUUACGGUGUACAAAUCGCGUUCUACUUCCUGUACGGCAACCUGCAGAUCGCCUUCGCCUUCCUAAUGAGCGGCGUGUUCGGCUCAACCCUGACGGCAAUGGUGUUUUCCUUCUUGUGGAUCUUCGGGGGCGGGCUGGUCAGCCUCUUCUUGAUGAAUCGCCUGAUCAUGGACGACGCUGUCUACGUCAAGCUGGUGCAGCUCGUUCCAGCCUUUAGCGCCUACAGGGGAUGGUUCGAGAUGGGCGUGUACAGCUUGCGCGCCAAGGAGCGAAGCAUUGAUGGCCUUACUUGGGAAUCCCUCAAUGACGACAAGAAUGACAUGGAUUUCUUGCUGGUGGCCUUCGUCGUGGAAUGGCCGCUUUUCAUGAUGGUGGCGUGGUAUGUAGAGCAGGUGUACUCAACGGGCACGGGUUUCAAUAGGCAUCCUUUUUAUUUCUUGCAAGGACUCCGUAAGGCGAAGAACACACGCGAAAAGCAAAUCGUGAAGAGAAUUUCUGAGGGCGUUGUCGGCGCCACGAACAAGACUGCGUGCUGUUGCUGCUGUGGCGGAAAGGCGGCCUACAUGAUUUUGCAUCCACUUCCCACUUUGAUGCAGUCAGCCCAGAAGCGCAAGGAGAUGGAUGCCCAGGAGGGGAUAGAGUUCGUUCCGCGAACGUCGCGCAGCUCCGUUGUGGUAGACGUCGACGAAGAAGCCGAAGACGUGGCGGCGGAACGCAGGACAGUGGAGGGCAUUCCCGCGACCGGGGCCGGGUUGAAGGCGGCUGUUGCCGAUGCCCUCAAAUCUGUGCGCUUGUUUGCCAAUGGCGUGGGAAACAAGCUGGUGAAGACGUACAGUGGAGGGAUGAAGCGCCGCCUCAGCGUCGGGAUAUCUCUUAUUGGAGACCCCAAAGUCGUGUACCUCGAUGAACCAAGCACUGUGAGCGACGAGGGCUUGGAUCCCGCUUCUCGCCGGAAUCUGUGGGGUACUGUGAAGAGGGAGAGAAAGGGAAAGGCCAUCAUACUGACGACGCACAGCAUGCAGGAGGCGGGGGUGCUGUGCGACCGGGUGGGGAUAAUUGUCAACGGCAGCCUGGUGGCCAUCGGCAGCCCGCAGCGGCUGACGUCGAGGCAUGGGGACUAUCUGAUCUUCACAUUGACAACCGCCGAAGCAGGCAUCGGUGUGGCAAAGCAGCUGGUGUCACAAAGACUGACCGGGAACGCUCGGGUGACAUAUGAAGUGGGUGGCACUCUGAUGUUCGAACUUCCGACGUCUGAAGUGACGGCCAGCGACGUGUUCACGUUCGUGGAGAGACUCAGACCACAAAUUGAGGUUAUCGACUGGUCGGUCACCAACGCGACACUGGAGCAAGUGUUCAUCAAAAUCGCCGCCAAGGCGGGAGCAACGGCGCAAGAGUUGCAUUGA